AUUUCUGAUUCUAACCAGUGAGUCGAGAAGCCGCAGAGCCGGAGGACGUCCGCACUCGCCUCCACCAUGGCGCUUCCCGCCAUAGGAGAGGACGCCAAGAUGCAGAGCGAACUCCCCGAUAACAUGUCAUCCCCACGCGCAUCUCUGGCCCGAGUGCCGUCGCUUUCUCCGCGCUCCGUGCCGUCCACUUCAUCUGAACUCAAUGCUUCCCAAAAUUCGAGAACUACAAACCCGAAAAUUCCAUGGAGAUAUCCCUUACACCCGCAGCAAGACGAAGAGGAUUACAUACCUAUUCGCCGCAGAUUUCACAGCUCGGACAUCGUUUUACGAAGCAGUGGAGCAGCUUUUUCCAAGCUUAACAGCCUUUACGAACGCGAUAAUGGUUGGAGAAAAGAUGCCAAUGGAUUCAGCGACAGCAGCGACGAAGAGAAAGAACCAGAGCCGCCUUUAGACCCGAGAAGACGGACAUGUUCUGAGAAUUUCACGAAAAGUUCGAGAGCUCCAUUGUCAUUUUUCCGUAAGGAGAACUCAUUUCUCGAUGUGGAAUAUAACUAUGGAGAACGAUCCAGAGAAAAGUUGGUAGUGGAGGAGGAGGAACAUAAGACUGAUGAAGAUGACGUUGAUGCCGUGGAUCAUUUACUAGUGGAACUACACGAAGAACUUGAAGCAGAAAUGCAACCGAAUGACGAUUUCUUUGAUGAUUCGUGGCCACCACAGGCUUUUCAAACCGGGCGGUAUAGUGGGGGAUCCGCUCGAUCGUCUGGGUCAAAUUAUUCAGUGGAAAGUGACGGUCAGAAUCUUGAAAAAUUACGUAACUUGCAAAAAUUGUAUCAGGAAGGAUUCAUUACGGUAACAGAAUACAAGGACCGUCGUGUGCAACUGGUGGACGAAUUGAGCGAAGCCGAUCGAACAAUUGCAAAAACGUCGGAUUUACUGUCAUUGGAGUUGCCCAUAGUGUACCGUGAACCUCCUGAUUUUUCUCUACUACGUGAGCGCGAUGCAAUUAAACAUGUAUUCGACUCGCAGCACCGUAAGUGGACUUCGUCGCGAAUCAAAGUGAAAAUUGACACUGAACCAUUUGCAAAGGGAGGACUCCGUCAAGUGUUCCACCUGCAAGAUCUCAGUAUGCCUCCUCCUUCUUUAAGAUCAGAUGACGAGGACAGCGUCAUGUCAAAAUGCACUAGUUACGUAGCGAAGAUCGCCAUCGAUCCCAAUGAAGACCCCGAUACGUACUUCAAAGACGUCGAGAUGCAAGCAGUAGCGGCCAAGUACGCGAAGUUGUACAAUUCGUACAAUCCGCCCAGACGCGUUGAGUUUCUCGAAGCUUGGAUUCUCCAAUUGAUUCCGUGCGAUGUCAGUGACGCUGGAGACCAAACUAUUGAAAGUUUAACGUUGAGUGGCACAAUUUGUGGCGUGGAGCCCUUCAUCGCCGGGGAAUACCACAAACACAAUAAUAAUUUUGGCUACGUCAGCGAACUGGAGCGCAACACACCACAAGCUUUCUCGCACUUUACGUACGAGGCUUCGGGACAACACAUUCUCGUGGUUGAUAUCCAGGGUGUUGGUGAUCACUAUACAGACCCACAGAUCCACACGAGACGUGGUAAAGAGUUUGGCAAGGGCAACUUGGCUCUACGAGGUUUUGAACGAUUCUUAGACUCUCACCGCUGCAACCCAAUUUGUCGAUAUCUAAAACUUCCUUUGAUCAAUCCGAAGGACGAGGGGGGCAGAACAGUGGACCCCAAGGGCACGAUACCAGCGCAGACGUACAUGAGUCAACCACGUGUUGUGGUAGAUCAAGUUGACUCUGUGUUGUGUCAUUACUAUGGUGACUCGAAGGUUUUCAAGAAAUAUAAGAAAAAACGGGAGAAGAAACACAAGAAACAACAAAAAUAUCUUCGGACGCAACAUGAGGUAGAAAAUUGGGACGAGCGCGUUGAGAGUCAACAACCUGAUAGGUUUAUCACGGCUCUGGCAGACCAUCGAUCGUGCUCUUCAUUCAUCUGCGAUGGACUCGCGCAAUGUAUCGUGUCUUAAAAAAAUAGAAUAUAGUUGGAUGGGAAUAUAUUUCUGGAAAUGUUGCGGUAUACUAUGAAUAUUUACUUUACAGAAAUGUUUGGAGUAGAUGCGAUACAGUCAUCAACAGCUUUGAUCUUUGCACGAAGCCGGC